AUGAAGGACCAACGAACCCGCAUAGAUUCCAUGCAAAUGGACGACGACGACUGCUGCUCCGUACUCUCGCUCCCCAGCAGCGCCGCGGCAAGCACCACCACCACAGAAUCAGCCUACUCCACAACCGACGAAUCGCUGUCCGACACACGCAGCCUCUUCGACGACAUCGCCGUCUACUCCAUGAUCGCCCAACACUACUUCACCUCCAGCGCCCCCGCCUUUGCCAGCGAGCUCCACACGCUCCUCCAGCACGAAGGCCGCCUCAACACCAUCACGCGCAUCGCCGGCCUCCUUCUCCUCCCACGACGACUGCAGCGCCCAUUAUGGACCUUCGUCGGCGGCGUCGUCGGCGGCGGCAGCAGUGCGCGGAAACGGAUUGAAGAGACCGCACGCCGGCACCUGGGCAUGAGCUUGUCCGUCGACGACUUCCAGAUGCUGGGCCGGCGGAUCAGUCCGCGGUGCGUGAGCGAGUGGGAUCUGGAGGCGCCGGUGCGGGGGAUCUGGAACAUUUAUCAGGCGUAUUAUGUCGUGUUGUGUCGGUUGGCGCGCGGGGAGUACGAGGAGUCGAGGCAGGGGUGGGAGGGGAUGGUGAGGGAUGUGAGGAUUGUGCUGCAGAUUAUUUACACGGUGGCGUGUGUGGGGGGCGGGGUGGAUGCGAAGGAGCAGUGUGGCGCGAGGUGUUUCGGUGGGAAGCAUGUGAUGGCGAAACAAGCUAAGGUUAUUGCUUGA